AUGUGGGUUAUCUCGAAACCGACGGACUCAAUUGAUUUUGCGAGAUCCAACAACGUAAUAGAGAAUGAUGUGUCUGUAAAUGUGCCAGAAAAUACAGAUUUACAGUACCGAAUUGAAUAUGCAAAGUUAAUGAAAACUUUUAUGAAUGAAAGUGUGAAUCCGUGUGAAAAUUUUUAUGAGUAUGCUUGCGGGAAUUGGAAAAAUGUUAUUGAAGAACGGCCGGUGGAACGCAGACGAAGCAAUAUUGUUGAUAUUGAGUGUAAAUUGAACGAUGCCGUAGAAGAGAUGUUAAAUGAUUCUGUUGAAAAUUUAACAGAUGAAUAUGUUAAUGAGUUUGAAUUAGUCCAACAGUUUUAUCAGUCGUGCUUAUCAGCAAAUUUAUACCCAACAACAAUGUCGCAAGUAUAUAUUGACGUCAUCAAAUCGAUUGGGGGUUUUCCAGCUGUAGAUGAAGCAUGGCAAUCAGACAACUUUAGUUGGUUUAAUAUGAGUGCUCAUCUUACCAACUUCAAUGCUGAUGGAUUAAUCAAUGAGUUUCUUCUUCCACAAUACCCAUUCGGACCCUAUUUUAAAUUACCUGAUUUAGGUUUUGAUUAUGUAGUUCACAGUGACAAUAUAGCUUCAAAUACGACGCAAUGUUAUAUAAGUAAUGAAAAGCGCAUUCGAGACUACUUAAGUGCAUAUGGAGUAGAAGAGGAAAAGAUAUCACAAAUCGUAGAUGAAAUCUUUGAUUUUUGGCGAGCAAUCUUAAAAGUAAUGGAUGAAUUCGAAGAGGAUAUCGAUAAGUGCGACAUAAUUUCCGCAAAUUCUGAUGUAGAACCAUUUACUUUUUGGAGUGAUUAUUUUGAUAUAGCUUGGAUGGGCCAAGAAUUCGAUGAGUCCGUUACAGAAUAUCCAUGCAAUUAUUUUUAUAGUAAGUUGAACACCAUCUGUGAUGAACACAAAGAAGCUGCAGCGAAUUAUUUAGCACUCAAAUUUUUAUACAGAAUGGACGCUAAACUUAAAAAGAAAGAAUUCCAAAAGGAGUACUGUCUCAUGGAUAUACAGUAUACUUUUCGAUUUUUGAUCGAUAAGCUUUAUUUAGAGAAAUAUUUUAAUGAAGGAAUAAAAACUGAAAUUACCACAUUGGUUCAGGAGAUACAGAAAAGUGUACGCCAACAAAUAGAACAAGCAGAAUGGUUAGAUGAAAAAACACGCACUGAAGCUUUGUUAAAAGAAUCCACAAUAGAAGCACGAAUUGGUAAUUUCGAUGACCCGGUUAUGUCUAAACGUCUCAUGAAAUAA